AUGAAGAUGAAUUUCCUAUUUUGGUUGUUCAUUAUUGGCUCCAGUAUAGCAACUGUGCGGAGCAAAGGAUGUGAGCCAAUCACUAUCCCACUAUGCCGAGGAAUAGGUUACAACAUGACGUCUUUCCCAAACAGUUAUGGCCAUGAAAAGCAAGAGGAAGCUGGCUUAGAAGUACAUCAAUUCUAUCCUUUAGUAGAGGUCGGAUGUUAUCAACACUUGAAAUUCUUCCUCUGUACUCUUUAUACUCCCAUCUGUCAAGAUAACUAUGAUAAGCCAAUUCUUCCUUGUAUGGAACUUUGCUUAGAAGCUAAGAAACGUUGUAGUCCUAUUAUGCAAAGAUACGGAUUCCGAUGGCCAGAAACUCUCUAUUGUGAUUCUCUACCUCGCAUGGCUGACCAGUUAACAUCUGGAAAUAUCUGCGCUGCUCCCCCAGAUACACCUAAGCAAUUGAAGAAACAACAACAGCAACAACAAAUAUUACCAGUCUUGCCUUUGGAUGAACAGAACCCUCUCGUUAUUGAUAUCGGAGAAAUUUCUGUUCCUCCUGGAGAUUGUAGUUGUCGCUGCUCUCAUCCAUAUCAAACUGUCUCCAACCGCCAAGCAUUUGUUGGAAACGUUUCUGGAUGCUCUUACCCAUGUUACUCUUCAACUUUAACUGAGAAGAACAAGCCUUUCUUAACAUCCUGGAUGGGUGUCUGGUCAAUCACCUGUUUCAUCCUCUCGGCUUUCACGUUCCUCACAUUCCUUAUUGAGACGGACCGCUUCCAAUACCCAGAGCGUCCAAUCUUCAUGCUUGCUUUCUGUCAAAUGAUGGUAGCAGUUGGAUUCAUCAUCAGAAUCUUUGUUGGACAUGAACAAAUUGCUUGUGACCAAUACCGAAUUCGAGGAGUUGAAGAUGGAAACAGCAGUGUGUGUCUCUUGGUCUUCUUACUGACAUAUUUCUUCGGAAUGGCAGCAUCCGUUUGGUGGGUAGUCUUAUCCCUCACCUGGGUUUUGGCUGCUGCCUCUAAAUGGUCAUCUGAAGCUAUUGCGUCCUAUUCCUUCUACUUCCACGUUCUCGGAUGGCUAGUACCUGCUGGACAGACGGUUCUUGUUCUCAUAUUCCAUUCAAUUGAUGGUGAUCCAAUCACUGGAAUGUGUUACGUAGGAAAUACUGAUGUAAUGGCUCUUAGAAUAUUCGUGCUCGCUCCACUCAUUGUAUACUUCUCACUCGGAGUUUUCUUCCUCUUUGUCGGUUUCUUCAAUCUUUGGAGAAUUCGCAAUGAAGUUCAAAAACAACAUCCGGGAUUGGACAACGCUUCAAAGCUUACUCAGCUAAUGUCGAAAAUUGGAAUCUUCUCUGUUCUCUACACAGUUCCUGCUUUGUUCGUCAUUAUGGCUCUGUUUUACGAGCAACAUAACCGACAACUCUGGGAAGAACAAGCUCUUUGUCCAUGCGCCACCAAGAACGGAGCACCAUCUCGUGAUAUGGCUCUAAUUCUUGCUUUGGUGAAAACAGCUUGUAUGUGUGUAGUAGGAUGGACAAGUGGAGUUUGGAUUUGUAGUCGAAAGACGCUUUCAUCUUGGCUCAACCUCAUAUGUUGUCUUGGUCGCCCCGUCUCUAAUACCAAAUACCAAGCAGCAGAUCUCAUAUAUGGCAAAAGUGAAAUCUCAAUUCCACCUCAUUUCUAUAAUACAGCAUUGAGGCAAAAUCAUAUUUAUGGAGCCAUACCAAACAAAUUAUAA